AUGAGUGGGAGAUAUAAGUAUAAAGAUAUUCCUCAUUCUACUUGGAAUGGGUGUUGUAAACUACCGAUUGGUAACUCUUAUAUGUUGGAAGAAAUUAGUGAGCAGUUUCGAGAUGGUUCUCCUGAAACUUUUUUGAAAUUAAGAUCUUUUAAUACACAGUGUAGAUUAUUGGAAACUUCUAAUAUGAUAUUUCAGUUAAGAGAUGAACAUAAUGAUAUUUUGUUUAAAUCAUCAAAACUUUCCGGAAGUCUUUCAGCAUAUCCAUUUAUACCAAAUAAAGAUAAACACAAAAUCGGUAUUAAAGAUGCAAAUGAAGAUAGUGAUCUUGAUAAUUUUCUAAUUCGAUCUGGCAAAAAUGAUAAAAAAUAA